AUGCCUGAUGAUCUUACAAAUGCUCUUGACAAGAUAGAAUCAAGCACUAAAAAUACUGAGCUGGUAAAAGCGUGUCGACAAAUAAGGGCUUCCCUAAAAAAAGAUCCAGACUGUACAAACCAGGUGAUCUUUUUAUUGUCGGAACAUAUUUUAAACUUUGAUGAUGCAGUAUUAUUUGGUAAACAUUUGUCAAACCUGUCUUUGGCUCUGGUAUCCACAAAAAUUCCACUUACACCAGUGUUUCAAAGCAGUAGUCAUGACCUAGCCACGGAUAGUGAGAAAACUAAACAUUUGGAGUAUUCAAUAGUUCUAGCACUCUUAAGCAAUCACCCGGAUAUUUUGCAAUAUGCCCAGAAAUACUUUCAAAUUAAUUCCAUACCUCCAUAUGAAAUUUUCAUACACCAUGAGGACUCAUACAAUGUGGCACCAAAGAAACGACGACUACAGGAUUGUAGACAGAAGAUUACUGAGUAUAAUAUAGUUUCGUGCUGCUAUAACCUCCUAAGUAAAUUACCUAAUGAGUUGUCAUCUAAGUGGGACUGGACAAAAUUUAUAGUCAAUUUCAGUCAUCAUAAGGAUGAAGAAAUAAGAUGGAUGGUUAAAGAAUGUAUGGUUAUAUUAACAAAUAUGACAGAGACCCAAUCCAACAUUCUCAGUACAAACUUAAACAUUUCCAAAGAGUUUGAUCUGAACAGUCAAAUGUUAAAACAAAGUCAAAAAUGUGUUGGUAAAGGUAUAGAUAACGUAACUCUAACGACUGAAGCAACAGUGAAUAUAGACGGCAUAGUAUUGGCAAUUUAUGACAAGGACAAUGUUAAGGCCGGGAGUUUAGUUCCUGUUAAGUCAACUGUAAAUAACUUAAGGAGUUUAGCUCUUGCAGUAGCUUCAGGAAAAGCAUUAUCACUCAUGGGACCAGUGGGCUCUGGCAAAACUUCUUUAGUAGAGCAUUUAGCAGCUAUAACAGGUCGAAAGGGCAAAGCCUUCAAGAAAGUCCAACUUGGAGAUCAGACUGACUCCAGAAUGUUAUUAGGUAGCCAUCAGUGUACAGAUGUGCCGGGGGAAUUCAUUUGGGCACCUGGUGUACUGACUGAGGCUGUGCUUAACGGCCACUGGCUAUUGCUUGAAGACAUUGAUUGCGCGGCUUUGGAUGUAGCAUCGACUCUUAGUUCAUUACUAGAAAGAAACACUUUGUGUGUACCUGGCUUUAGAGAUGCAUUGCCUGUAACACCUGGCUUUCAGCUAUUUGUCACACAAAGAACCAUUAUAACAAACUAUGGUUUCCAAAAGAAGAUGUCAAGCUCAAGUACGUUACUGCAAAAACAUUUAACGGUCAUUAAUGUGGAACCACUCUCGACGUCAGAAUUGAGCGAAGUUAUACAGUCACUCUAUCCUACACUGACGACGAUAAUUCCAAGAAUGAUAGAAGUAUUCAUGAUGUUUUCCGUUGGAUGCCAUGACACCUCCUUACAAACCACAGAAAAGACAGAGAAAGAUAAUAAUCUCGUUCUCAUACGGGGCUCUAGACUUAUUUCUACGCGAGAUUUGAUGAAGUGGUGCGCCCGCGCUGUUGUAGGUUACAACGUUUCUAGCCCCGACUCAGCAUUAAAGGUUUUGCAAGAUGCAUUCGACAUAUUCACAUGUUCGGUGUCAUUGCCAGAACACCGCUUGGAGGUGUCCAAAAAGGUUGGAACUUGCCUCGGAGUUGUGGAGACAAAGUCGGAAUUCUACUGUAAGCAUUAUAAACCGAAUGUUUCAUUACAACCAGGAGCGUUCGCGGUGGGCCGUGUUAAAAUAAACAGAGUCGAAAAAUCCUUGUCAUCGAUAGAUUUCGACAAUAAGCAGACUGUGUUUUCUUUCACGCGACAAACCGCUUGUCUUUUAGAGAGAAUCGCUUGUUGUGUCCAAUCUAACGAACCGGUAUUGCUAGUCGGUGAAACGGGAACGGGUAAGACAUCAUCCGUACAAUAUUUAGCGAGACAGACGGGACACAAACUCGUUGUUAUAAAUAUGAAUCAACAGUCCGAUUCCGCUGAUCUUCUCGGUGGAUACAAACCGGUAGACCUGAAAUACGUGAUUCGACCGAUAAAACUAGAGUUCCUGGAUCUCUUCACCAGUUUUUACAAUGCUGAGAAGAAUCAAAAGUUUCUCGGGCACAUCGAAGCGUGUUAUGAGGCAGAAAAUUGGUCGCCAUUGGUGGCUCUAAUGAAACAAAGCCAUAAGGCGGCUGUGAAAAGACUUGCCAAUGAGAAUAAAGUUGAUAAACUCAAAAGCUGGAUUAGCUUCGGGUAUAAAUUGGCUAAACUAGAACAACAGGUAAAAGCUGAAUCGAGACUAACAUUCGCGUUCAUAGAAGGUUCUCUAGUGAAAGCGAUGCAGGAAGGCCACUGGGUCUUACUAGAUGAAAUCAAUUUAGCCUCGGCUGAGAUUUUGGAGUGUCUGGCUGGACUACUGGAAGACAAAGACGAAACCAUAGACCUACUGGAAAAAGGCGACAAAGUUCCAAUAAAAAGACAUCCAAAUUUCACACUCUUUGCUUGUAUGAACCCAGCCACUGAUGUCGGAAAGAAGGAUCUACCCGUCGGUCUCAGGAAUAGAUUCACAGAGUUCUUCAUUGACGAAUUAACUGAGAUGAACGAUCUCAUGUUACUGAUCGGUGACUAUCUUUAUCACAUGAAUUUGAGUGGACCUGUAUUAGAAUCAAUUUAUUCUUUCUAUUCUUCAAUAAGAAAAGAAGCCAAAUUGAACUUAGUAGAUGGAGCAGGUAAUGCGCCGCACUAUUCUUUAAGGACACUAUGUAGAGCUCUCACAGCCGCCGCCAAAGCCAAAUGUGGUACGGUCGCUCGGUCACUGUACGAAGCAUUCUGUUUAUCAUUCCUGACCCAGUUGGACAGAUCAUCGCACCCUAAAGUAGAAGCCAUGAUUGCCAAAGCUGUUCUUGGAAAGAAAAAUAUAAAAUCCAUAUUGAAACAAUUGAUCCCUGAACCCCAAAAUCAGGGUCAAAACUACUUGCUAUUCGAAGGCCAUUGGAUACCACAGGGGAAGUUAGAAAUUGACAUUCCAGAUGAUUACAUUUUAACCUCCACCGUUAGGAAAAAUCUUCGCGACAUAGCGCGUAUUAUAUCUCUAGGGCGAUUGCCGGUAUUAUUACAGGGAGACACGUCAGUUGGAAAAACUUCCCUCAUCACAUACAUUGCUAAAGCUUCCGGGAACUACUGUGUGAGAAUCAAUAACCACGAACACACCGACUUACAAGAGUACAUAGGCUCUUACGCAACUGACGCAAACGGCAGCCUCGUCUUCAAAGAAGGUGUCCUCGUCGAGGCUAUGAGGAAGGGCUACUGGAUAAUAUUAGACGAAUUGAACUUAGCACCUAGUGAUGUUUUGGAAGCAUUAAAUCGCGUGCUGGACGACAACCGUGAGCUCUUCAUACCCGAAACCCAAGAAGUAGUAAAAGCCGACCCGAACUUCAUGUUGUUUGCAACGCAGAACCCUCCAGGCUUAUAUGGUGGUAGGAAAAUGCUAUCGCGAGCUUUCAGGAACCGAUUCGUGGAGUUACAUUUCGAUGAAAUACCACGAAGUGAACUAGACACAAUCUUACAUCAAAGGUGCCACGUCCCACCGACUUACAGUAAGAAGAUGAUCGAAGUUAUGGCGGAAUUACAAGUGAGGAGGCGAGGAUCUGCCGCAGUCCAAGGCAAAGAUGGUUUUAUAACAUUAAGAGAUUUGUUCAGAUGGGGUCAGAGGUACAAACAUGCUUCAAACGAAAUUACGAGCACUACUAAAUUCUACGACUGGGAUCAACACAUAGCUGACGAGGGUUACCUUGUUCUAGCCGGAAAGGUACGCCAGACGGAUGAGAGAAAGAUCAUCGAAGAAGUAUUAGAAAAACAUAUAAAAAGAAAAGUCGAGGUCAACAAUUUGUUCAGUUUGCAUCAAAAUACAUCUCCAGUAACCAAGAGUACUUUGGAAAUGCUUUUGAAUAAUCGGUUGCCGGAAUUUUCACAUCUAGUCUGGACUUACAACAUGCGGCGUUUGGCGGUGUUAAUUGACAAGGCUUUUUCAUUUAACGAACCCGUGCUACUGGUUGGAGAAACUGGGUGUGGCAAAACGACUAUAUGCCAAGUGUUAGCGGCUUUAAGUAAACGCCAACUUCUGUCAGUAAACUGCCACAUGCACACUGAAAGUUCAGAUUUCUUAGGUGGCCUCCGACCAGUGAGGCAAUAUAAGAAUGAUGGGAAGCUUUUCGAAUGGGUAGAUGGCCCACUAAUAAAUGCUAUGGAAAAUGGACACCUUUUCCUCGCUGAUGAAAUAUCACUAGCGGAUGACAGUGUUUUAGAAAGAAUGAACUCCCUGCUCGAGCCAGAGCGACAGCUCGUACUCUCUGAACGAGGCACGGACGAUCGUUCAGACAUCGUAGUCAUUACGGCAGUUAAGAACUUCCAUUUCAUUGGUACCAUGAACCCUGGUGGUGAUUUUGGAAAGAAGGAGCUUUCACCAGCUUUAAGAAAUAGAUUUACAGAAAUCUGGUGUGAUCAUGUGAGUUCUAAGGAGGAUUUGAUUGAAGUUUUAGAAAAGAGUGUCGGUCACGGUAUUGCCCUGGCGAACCAAGAGGACGGCAGUUCCGGGAUAGGAAAUUGUAUACUAGAUUUUAGUGACUGGUUGAAGAUAUCGGAGGUGACUAAUAAAUUUCCUUUUAGCAUACGUGAUUUGCUCUCGUGGGUUCAAUUUAUUAACGUGACGGUUGGAAAGAAUUUGCUAGACGCCGCCGAAGCUUACGUCCACGGGGCGUGUAUGACAUUUUUGGACUGUUUUGGAACCGCUCUGACCGGUCAUAUCGAGCCUGAAGCUUUGUGUCUAUUGCGUAAAAACGCCAUAAACUAUCUAUUACAUCAAAUAACUGCCUUAGGCUACGAAAAAGCUGACUUCCUAAGACAAAUGUUGAGUAAUAGGGACGCUGUACUAACUGCUGAAAUCAAACAUGAUAAAUUCGGGAUAAAACCGUUUUACAUUAACAUUGGAUCACACAAGCAUUCGGGUGAUACAGAGCAGUUUACAUUUACAGCGCCUACGACAGGUGCUAACACGUUACGUCUAUUACGAGGUCUUCAGCUGAACAAAGCUGUCCUCCUCGAGGGGAAUCCAGGUGUUGGAAAGACAAGCUUAGUCAAUGCGUUGGCAAAGAGCUCCGGACAUAAAGUUGUUCGUAUCAACUUGAGUGACCAGACGGAUAUAACUGACUUGUUUGGAACUGACCUACCAUCAGAAGACGGUUCGUUCGUAUUCAAAGAAGGUGCAUUCCUCAAUGCGCUGCAAAAUGGCGAUUGGAUUCUUCUGGAUGAGCUUAAUUUAGCGCCACAACCGGUCCUCGAGGGUCUCAAUGCGUGCCUGGACCACAGAGGCGAAGUAUUCAUCCCCGAAUUAGGAAAAACCUUUAAAGUUAAAGAACAAACUAAGUUAUUCGCAUGUCAAAAUCCUCUUAAACAAGGCGGAGCUCGAAGGGGACUGCCCAUAUCAUUCUUAAACAGAUUCACUCAAGUAUAUAUCGAUACACUAACAAGAGAUGAUCUAAUGUACAUUGUACAAGCGCAGUAUCCAGACAUUUCCAUGGAUAUUUUGCAGAGAAUAGUUACAUUCAACUGCAAGGUUUCACACGAAAUAACUGAGUUACAAUCUUGGGGUCACAGAGGAGCACCUUGGGAGAUGAACUUAAGAGACAUACAACGUUGGUGCGAAGCAAUUAUUGAAGACAAAAAUGCGGGUAGAAAUAUAAUACCGGGAAAGUAUGUUGACAUGUUAUACGUCAACAGAAUGAGAACCGAGGCUGAUAAAGAGAAAAUGAUUGAAGCUUAUAAUGAAGUUUUCCUUCCAUACUAUCCGAGAAGUGAUGAGCACCCCAUGUUUACCAUUGACUCAAAAGAUGUCAUCAUCGGUGAUGUUGCGUUGCCAGUCAAUAAGGAGAGGCUCUACAAGAACAGGCGGGCCAAUGACACAAAUCUAUUAGUACUAAGAAGUCAGUUACCGAUUCUAAAAGCGUUGGCGCAAAAUGUUAGAAUGAAUUGGCUGACAAUAUUAGUUGGACCGACGGCAGUUGGUAAAAGCAGUCUCGUCCAAGUUCUAGCAGAUUUAACCCAAAACGAGUUGCAUGUAGUACCUGUUACAUCUGCAAUGGAUGUCUCAGAUCUUUUAGGAGGUUUCGAACAAGUCGACUUCAAUAGGAAUCUAGAAAACCUGUAUGACAAGAUCGAAACCUUGACGAUGCGAAUCGUUAGGAGUCUAUGGAUCCUACAAGAUUUCCGGAUGUGGAAGUCGAAUAAAUUGUUAAGUAACCUAUUCGAAUAUAGGUCUAUAAAAUGCAGCGACGAUGAUACAAACUCUUACAACAUUGAUAUCAAAAAUUUCAAACGAAAAGUGACUUUCCUCUUGGAUCACUGUGACAAAUUAAUCGAAUGUAGUGAGAUUUGUGGUCUUCCAAUAGACAACAUAGAGAGACUACAGAAGAAUUUGUUAAAUUUACAGACUAAGAUAUCGAAACUGACAUCGGUCAACGGUGGGGGGAAGUUCGAAUGGAUAGAUUCGUUACUUGUUAAAACGAUGAUAGAAGGCUCCUGGAUCUUAUUGGACAACGUAAACUUAACGUCAGCGGCAGUACUAGAUAGACUUAAUGGUCUCCUAGAACCAAACGGUUUCCUAAGUAUCCCAGAAAGAGGGGAAACAAGUGAAAUCAGACCCCACGCUAACUUCAGAAUUUUCUUUACCAUGGAUCCAAAAUAUGGAGAAAUAUCUCGUGCGAUGAGAAAUCGAGGAGUUGAGAUUCAUUUACUACGACCUGAUAAUGGUGAACUUGGACUAUCGGAAACUAUUCCUCACAUGGAUUUAGUGGCUUUGCUGUCGUCUUGUGGACUACCUCAGCAAUACCAUGAUAUUUGUAUCCGAUGUCAUGAAAGUAUGACAGAGUUUGUACAAGGUUUAGAUCGUCCCACUGUUUCACAACUUUUACAAGCCGCACAUCUAAUAUGGCAACAGAUUGUUCGAGGCGUUGCCAUUAAGACUGCCAUUGUAAACAGCUUCUCAGACGUUUAUAUAAAACCAAGAAGUGGUAGUGACUUUGCGUCGAAUGUGAACGCGUCUUUAGCUGAAAUGAAAAACGAUAUGCUAUCAGAACUACAAAAAGAAAUAGGAUUUGAAGAAUUUGAGGCACCAAGUACAAACGGUGUGGAUCACACGUUGUCUAUUAAAGGACUAUGUUCCAACUCUGUGUAUGAAUUGGCAAAACAAAUAUCGUUUUUGGCUAUUAGGCAAAUAAACGAACCGGGAGAUAGGCCGACGCAUAUUUUGUAUAGUAUACUAACUGCGUAUCAGAAAUGCUCCGAGAAGCAAUUGCAAGCUGUGUUUUACUGCUUAAAACAUGCUAUACCCCCCUGUUAA